AGUGGAGGGACGGGGGACUGAGUGAGUGGCUUGGCUGGCCUCCAGCUAAACUCGGGCCCCCCAGCAGGGGGUGGGAGACCCCGCACGGUGGAGCUGGCUCUCAAAGGCCCUGAAAAGGCUCCCUUCGGGGGGGAGGGAGAGGGAGCGACGCCACAGCGGAGAGACUGACGAGAGCUUAUCGCCGGGCCGGCGGUGUCGACAGAGGUGAUGAACGCUUCAUGUAUCCGGUCGGAGGGGGAAUGAGACCCACUCAGGGCAUGAUGCCCAUGCAGCAACAGCAACAACAACAACAACAACAACAACAACAUCACCAGCAGCAGCAGCUGCAGCAACAACACCAACAGCAUCAACAACACCAACAACACCAACAACAACACCAACAACACCAACAACAUCAACAACAACAGCAGCAACAGCAGCAGCAGCAGCAUCAUCAGCAGCAUCAGCAGGGCUUCCCCAUGGUGCAGGUCAUGCAGCCCAACAUGCAGGGCAUGGUGGGGAUGAACUACGGGGGACAGAUGCCCCCAGGCGCGAUGCCCAUGCAGGGAGGCAUGCCGAUGGGGAUGCAGGCCCCAGGCAUGCAGUUCAUGGGCCAGGCUCAGUUCAUGGGCAUGCGGGCCCCGGGGCACCAGUACACAGCCGACAUGCAGAAACAGAUGGCCGAAGAGCAUCAGAAGCGUCUGGGGCAGCAGCAGCGCAUGCUGGAGGAGGACCGGAAGAGGCGGCAGUUUGAGGAGCAGAAGCAGAAGCUCCGGCUGCUCAGCAGCGUCAAGCCCAAGGUGGGCGGGGAGAAGAGCCGGGACGACGCCCUGGAGGCCAUCAAGGGGAACCUGGACGGCUUCAGCAGGGACGCCAAGAUGCACCCAACGCCCUCUGCGCAGACCAAGAAGCCAGACUCAUCGCCAUCUCACUCCACCGCCCUCCCCCACUCCCUCCCCCCCUCCCUCCCCCACUCCCUCCCCCCCGCCCUCCCCCCCGCCCCACCCGAUGACGACGAUGAGUUUAGUGACUUUAUUCAGGGGCCCAUAGACUCCUUCUCCUCUUCCUCCUCCACCUCAUCUUCCUCUACUACAACAUCCUUCCAGCACCACCUUCCCUCCCAGACCCAGGCCGCACCCUUCCCCCCCACCUCGUCCUCCCCGGCCCCCUCCCCCCUGCCCCCCGCUCAAACCUCUGCUGUCCAACUCGGCUCUCAAACUACGUUUCAAGGCCCGUCCCUGGAAGAGAAGCUCUUCUCCUCCUGUGACAUGAGCGCCGACAAGCGGGCGCAGGUUAGCUUCAGGGCCCCGGCGGCGCAGGCCCCGCGGGCCAAGGUCUCGGCCCGCUUCCGUCCCAGCGCCACGGCCUGCGACUGGGCCGCCGCUUCCGAGGACUUGAGCUCCGUCUUCACCGUACCGAGCAGCCCGCCGGAGGCCCCGGUGCCGCCGGCGCCAUCCGUGGCCGCCGCCCCCUCGCCGCAGGCCAGCCCCUUCCCUCGUGGGGGCGGGGACAGUGCUGGUGUGGGUGGGUAUCCACAACAAGAACACAUCCAGCCGGUGGUGCCAGGUUGGCUGUACAACGACAGCCUGAUCCCAGAGCUGUUCAAGAAGGUGCUGGAGUUCACCAUGACCCCGGCGGGGGUGGACACCAACAAGCUGUACCCCAUCCUGAUGUCCUCGGGCCUGCCCCGGGAGGCGCUGGGCCAGAUCUGGGCCGCCGCCAACCGCACCACGCCGGGCAUGCUGACCAAGGAGGAGCUGUACUCGGUGCUGGCGCUCAUUGGCGUCGCGCAGAGUGGCCUCCCAGCGAUGAACGUGGACAUCCUGAGUCAGUUCGCCUCUCCUCCGGUACCCAACCUCCCCGCCCUGGCCAUUGCCAUGGCGCCCGGCAUUCCCCAGCAUCAGCAGCCAAUGAUGGCUCCUCCCCCGGUAUCCAUGGCGAUGCCCACCCCUCCUCCACAGGUCAUGGGCAUGACAUCAUCGGCCCCGGCUCAGGCCCUGCCCAACCCCGGUUUCCUGGCCAGCUUCCCACCUGUACAGCAGGCGGCCAAGACAGACGACGAUGACUUCCAGGACUUCCAGGAGGCGCCCAAGCCAGGAGGUGGAGACACUUCCUUUGCUGACUUCAAGGGGGAGUCAGGCUCCAGUUUCCCAGCCGCAGGUGCAACUCAGCCCCAGAACAGUUCACCUCCCAUGCUGACCCCAGUAUCAGGAACCUCCUCCUCAUCGUCCUCGGACAAGUACGCGGUCUUCAAACAGCUCUCUGUGGAGCAGCCCGUGGAGGCCCCGCCCCCUCCCUCAGAUUCAGGUGACAAGUACAGUGUCUUCAGACAGCUGGAGCAGCCAGCUGACAAGAAAACAGCUGGGGACGGCUUCGCCGAUUUCAAGUCUGUCAGCGCUGACGACGGCUUCACAGACUUCAAAACGUCCGACAGCGUUUCACCCCUAGACCCUCCAGACCAGGCCAAGAUCUUCCAGCCCCCCUUCCCCCCCUCUUUCCCCACCUCCCACUCUCUGCAGCAACUCCCCCCACAACAGCCAGCUCCGCCCCCUCAGCCCCAGGCCCCGGGGGCCCCUCUCUCUCAGCCCAACAAGGCCCUCCACAUGGCCGACCUGGACCUCUUCUCCCCCCUCGGCCCCUCGGCCCCGGCCCCCGAGGCCAAGCCCUGCCCCUUCCCCGCCGUGUCCCUGCCCCCCUCCCUGGGGCUCCUCGGGGGCGGGGCCAAGCCCCCCUCCGGCGGAGGGGCCGAUGACUUUGGCGACUUCGCCCUGUUCGCCACCUCCUCCUCCUCCGCCUCCUCCUCCAUGCCCACCGCCGGCUCCUCCUCGUCCGACGCGGCCCCGGGCCCCGCCGCCCUCCUGGGCCGGGGGCCGUCCGCCUCCCAGGAUGACUUUGCCGACUUCAUGGCGUUCGGCAGCUCGGGGGCGGGGCCUAAGGGCGGGGACGGCGCCGUGGAGCAGCGAAGCGCGGAGGCGGCGGCGGCGGCGAUCGCGCAGCAGUGCCCCCCGCAGGGCCUGGACCGCUACGACGUGUUCAAGCAGCUGUCUCUGGAGGGCGGCCACGCCUACGACGACGCCCGGGACGCCUUCUGCGGGCUGCGCGGCGGCGGCGGCGGCGACACCUCCGCCGACGACUUCGCCGACUUCCAGUCCUCCAAGUUCUGCACGGCGCUGGGCGCGGCGGAGCGUAGCCUGGGCGGCGACAAGAUGGCGGCCUUCAAGCAGACCAAGGAGGACUGCGCGUCGGUCAAGUCGCUGGACCUGCCGUCGCUGGGCGGCAGCAGCGGGGGCCGGGAGGACUCGGAGGACGCGCUGUCGGUGCAGCUGGACAUGAAGCUGUCGGACAUGGGCGGCGACCUCAAGCACGUGAUGUCGGACAGCUCGCUGGACCUGCCCGGCCUGGCCGCCCACCAGCCCCCCGCCGCAGAAGGCGACGACAUGAAAUUUGACCCUUUCGGCACUUCCACCGGCAGUGUAGCCAGCUAUGAUUGGUCAGACAGAGAGGAGGGCGUGUCCGUCGAGGCCAGGAAGGCCCCGGGCUCCGACGGGUCCGCUCUGGCCCCGCCCCACUACGGGAGUGGGCUGACGUUCGGGAGCACGGAGAACCUCGCCCCCAACCUGACCACCACCACCACCGCCGCCUCCUCCACCUUCCCCCCCAAGGACGACGCCUCCUCUUCUGAGGGGAAGUUUGAGGCCUUUCCCGAGCCGAGCGGUGACCACGACGAUGACUUUGGAGACUUUGCCAGUACGGUGUCCGAUAAGUCCACGGCGGGAGUGGACGUUGGCCCCGAGGAGCCCCAAGGCGAGGCCUCCGAUGAGUUUGGGGCCUUCCAAGGAGAUAAGCCCAAGUUUGGCAAGUCCGACUUUCUCAAGGCCAGCUCUCAGACCAAGGUCAAGUCCAGUGAGGAGAUGAUCAAGAACGAGUUGGCGACCUUUGACCUGUGUGUCCAAGGGUCCCACAAGCGCAGCCACAGUCUGGGGGAGAAGGAGAUUGGCCGCUGCCCCCCUUCCCCCGCCCCGGAGCAGCCCUUCAGGGACCGCUCCAGCACCCUGAGCGAGAAGCCCGCCCUGCCCGUCAUCAGAGACAAGUACAAGGACCUGACCGGCGAGGUGGAGGAGAGCGAGCGGUAUGCGUACGAGUGGCAGCGGUGUCUGGAGAGCGCCCUGGAGGUCAUCACCAAAGCCAACAACACGCUGAACGGCAUCAGCAGCUCCUCCGUGUGCACCGAGGUCAUCCAGUCCGCCCAGGGCAUGGACUACCUCAUGGGCGUGGUGGAGGUGUACCGCGUGACGAGGCGGGUGGAGCUUGGCAUCAAGGCCACGGCGGUGUGCUGCGAGAAGCUGCAGCAGCUGCUGAAGGACGUCAGCCGCGUGUGGAACAACCUGGUGGGCUUCAUGUCGCUGGCCAACCUGGUGCCUGAGGAGAGCUCUCUAGACUUCUCCUGCUGCAUCCUCAGGCACGGCAUCAAGAACGCCAAAGAGAUAGCGUGCGGGGUGUGCCUGCUGAACGUGGACUCUCGGAGCAAGAAAAAAGAAGAAGGCACAAUCGGACGCCUGUUCAAACGAGCCUUCAACUCGGAGACGGACAACUUCAAGCUGCUCUACGGCGGCCACCAGUACCACGCCAGCUGCGCCAACUUCUGGAUCAACUGCGUGGAGCCCAAACCCCCGGGCCUCGUCCUCCCCGACUUGCUCUGAGCCCCCCCCCGGACUCUGGGGGGCCGCCGCCGCAGCCGCUGCUGCCAUGGCAACGGGGCCGUAGGGGUGAGAGAUGGGUGGGGAUGACAGUGAGGGGUGGUCUCGGCGCGGUUCGUCACUGACGCUGCGCUUGUCAACCUUGAGGGAGGUGGGGAGAGAGAGAGGGAGAGGAGAGAGGUGGGGAGAGAGAGAGGGAGAGGAGAGAGGUGGGGAGAGAGAGAGGGAGAGGAGAGAGGUGGGGAGAGAGAGGAGAGGAGGGAGGGAGGGAGAGAGAGAGAGAGGUGGGGAGAGAACUGAAGGAGCUCUGAAGUCACUGGAAUCUGUAUUUAUUCGCUACCCUCACACUCCCUCACCGAUUUGUUGAGGACCAUUAUGCAGUCGGAACCACAGCACUAUCGGGGUCUGCGUGUUCCAACAGGGUGUUUAAAUUCCCUCAAACGUAUUAAAAAGUCUACCCUGGCAGUAAUGAAGAUAUUCCCCGUUUUAUUUUGUCGUCCAUGUGAAGGUUUUCCAAUGAGACACUGAUGGUGCUUUGAGACAGGGAGGGGCAAACGUCAUUAGGACUUCCAUUAUUCUCACAGUUAUCUUGACGGGGCAAACAUGUGGAGUUAUGCCUCGUUAUUAGAAACCCGCAGAGGGGAGAUGGCUGAAUGAAUUAUUAACGCGUCGUUCCUUACUCCCAACUCCCCGUUCUGCUUUGUCUGUGCAAGGCACUUUAGGAUGGCCGGCCUGGUCUUGGGCCUUUGUGUCUCUUCAAUCUUUUAACCUUUUAUUUUUUGCCCGCAGAAACUAAUGGAUGGUCUCUUUUAAAGGAUUUUCAAGGGUAGGUCAUUUUGAUUCCUCAGUUUGUCUUUGAGACACAGUCUUAACAUCGCUGUGCCGAACAAACCAUUAACUACUACUGUAUGUGUUGUGUUGAACUGCCUGCGAUACCUUUUGCACUGUUGGGGAGUUUAUUGAAAAGUGUAUUGCAUAUUUAAACAGAGGUAAAAAGACAGUCAUUUAACUUAUUGCUGUUGUGUUUAUUUUUUUGUUGUUGGCUGUGUGCACCGCUGAUCAUGUUUUGUAUAUUCAGAUAUGAAGAAAUUAAGUGUAAACUUAAAUCGCGGCGACACUUUGCGUAAAAGCUAGCCUACUGCCGCAGUGUAUCUACAGUAAUGAACUGUGUUGUGAAGUGAAUCGAAAAUGUAAAUAAAUGCUUACAACUAAUUUA